CAUAAACGAUGAUCCAAUCUUUUUUCAUUUAAAGUUUGAUUUUAUUAAUUUAUUUAAUGCCCCAUCUGUUGCCGUUGCUGUACACCCGGCUUGUUUUUAUUUUGAUUUCGUAAAAGUGUGUCUUAUUUUUUGAUAUUUGGUUGUUGUUAAAAGAAAUGCUUACUGCUUACAUGGACUUGGGAUUGUGCAGUGCGGAUAGUUUACUUCAAGAACAUCUAUAGACAACUCGGAAGUUGCAAGUGGCUGUGUUGUUUAGUAGUUUUGCACGCCCACUCUCAUGUUUUGGAGAGUUAAUGUAAUGAGCAAUGUUAAAUUAAAUUUUCAACUCACCUUGUGAAUUAUUUUCUAAGUACAACAAUGUCGCUCCAAAAAAGCGUCAAAAGUGUUACUGAUAAAGAUCAGGAUACAACUUCAAUAUGUUCGUCAGUAACCACACAACCAGAUAGACAUGGGUUUUUUGGUGGAGCUCAGUAUAGUCCUGAACCAAAGAGGACAGUAUCGCCCAGCACAAUACUGAAGCGGGAACAGAAAUGGCUGCGGAUGCUAAACAACUGGGAGGCGUUUAUGAACAAAAACUAUAAGAAAGUGCGAGAGAGGUGUCGGAAAGGUAUACCGGCAUCAGUGCGACCCAAAGCAUGGCUAUACCUCUGCGGAGGUCAGCUUCUGCUGGAAAAGCAUCCGAACGAGUACGAGGAGCUGCUGCAGGCGCCCGGAGAUCCCAAAUGCAUGGAUGACAUCAGGAAAGACCUGCACCGGCAGUUCCCUUAUCAUGAGAUGUUCAUCCGGGAGGAAGGGCUCGGGCAGCAGGAGCUAUUUUCGGUGCUGAAGGCGUACUCGGUGUUGAAUCCGAAAGUAGGCUAUUUCCAAGCGCAGGCGCCUGUCGCAGCUUUCCUGCUGAUGCACAUGCCCUCCGUCCAAGCUUUCUGGUGUCUCGUCAGCAUCAGCGACAAGUAUCUGAGUGGAUACUAUAACCCUGGACUUGAGGUACUGCAACGUGACGGCGACAUACUGCACGCACUGCUGCGUCGCACCGCACCCGCCGUGCACCGCCAUCUUGUAAAGCACCGCGUGGAGCCCGUGCUGUAUGCCACCGAGUGGUUCCUGUGCGCACUCACCCGCACACUGCCUUGGGACAGUCUACUACGCGUCUGGGACUGCUUCCUAUGCGAAGGUGUCAAGGUGCUCUUCAAAGCUUCACUGGUGAUAUUAGCGGGUGCGUUGGGACCCGCUAAGGUCCGUAAACGAGCGAACGGGCUCUGCGAGACCCUUGAGGUUCUCCGGCAUCCCCCAGAGAGUGUGCUUCUAGAAGACUACCUCAUGUAUCACAUGCAACGCCUUAACAUCACCGAGGAGGACUUUGAAUUUGAACAUCAGCGGCAGACCGCACGGCGAAGAGCCAUGGCGAAUCGUAGUGGCAGCUGAUUCAGCGAGUGUUCCUACAAGCGUUAUUCUAAGGAUAACGCUAGGGACAUAUUCCAUACUCUCUAAAAGGAGACUCAGACUCGAAACGAACCUUAUUGUGUAUGUGAUAAGUGUUAUUAUUACACGAGGACCAAAACGAAUCGUUGUGUAGGUGUGCGUUGUAUAUCUGAGAUUUUUUUUUAUUUGUAUAUUAAGUAAUGUUAUAUUGUGAAUUAAGUAUAGAUUACAUUUGUGAUAUACUGAUGUCAAAACACUCGUUGCUCGCGGUGCCAUUAACCACAGGUGAGGUAAGGACAGUCGUAAAUCGAUAUCUACAAUGAGUCAAGUCACUUCUGCGGGUCCUAAGUCCAGGUAAUAAGGGUCCAUCAAUAGGUUAGAAGAGAUAUAGUAAGAGUGGGUCUCGUACGUGGUACACUGCGUAUAUUUUUAAUAAUUUUGUAAAGAAAACAUUUUUAUUUUUAAUUACUUGGUGACAAUUUUGGUUUUUAUUAUGUUUUGUUAUAAAAUUAUAAUAAAUAUGCAAUAAUAGUUAAGAGUCGUGUGGGGUCAGUGUGCGCAAUUAAACAUUAAAACUACUGUCAAAAUUAACGACAAGCAUGAAAGGAAAUUAAAAUAUGUCUCUGAUAGAAAAUUGAGUUAUGAAAUAUUUAAAUUAAUAAAUAAAGUCUUAAACCUUAACACUUCAGAAAAAACCGGAUUAAUCAGAAUGGUUCUAAAUGCGCACACUUUAAUACGCUUAGUGUGCGCACUCAUGUGGGGUAAAGGAGACGGUUACCCUUUCAUACAUUAUUGGGCCAAGAUGUAAAAGGAUGAAAUUAGUGUCAAUAAAUAGCUUAUAAAUUAAAAAAGCAUCACUGAAAAUUUGAGGAUUUUUGGCAAUCUGAAAGCAGAGUUAUAGAAGGUUUUGUAAAAUUGAGGUUAUGCAAUAUAUGGGCAACAACCUAUAUUAAAAUAGCUGAUUUUUCAAAUGCAAUUAUUUUGUUGAAUGAUAAUGAUUCUACAAGUUUUGCAAUAUAAGAAGUCUAAUAGAAAGAAGGAAAAUAUCAAUAAAACAACAGGAAACACUCAAAUGACAAAUCGCGUAGUUAUGAUUGACAAUUGACGUUCUAGACAAUCCUGUGGCAGUCACUGUCAGCACAGAUAAAAAAUACAAAACGAGAUUCAGAAUCGACUUUUUCUUCGAUCGAUUUCUUAAGUUGAUAUUGAAUAAAAGACAUUAUGUUGUUAAUUAUAAUGUUUUUUUACUAAGGUACUUUUAUUGAAUCAAUCAUCUAGUGCAAGUGGUUUUGGGUUGAAUUGUAUAAACUCAUUCACAUUAAUCGAUAUCCCAUUUUAAUCGUGAAUUUUAAAAUAGUGAAAUCUUAAUUUUAAGAUUUCUCGUUUCCUAGAUUGUGAAGUAGGCUAAUUUUGUAUAUUUUUAAAUAGAAAAAUAUAACAUUUUUUUAAACCAUAUCUCAGCUUAUUACAUUUUGGCCCAGAAAUCCCCGUCUCCUUUGGGCAACUAAGAACUAAGUGGAUAUCUAACGCCCUAAGCAGACUGAUUUUAAUAAUACUUACAUAACUUAAUAGAAUAAAUAAAAGUAGAUACAUAAUUGACUAAAAAAUGAUUUUACUUUAGUUACUAUCCUUAGUUGUACAUUGGGACAAUGUUUGCCGCUACAGAAAAUUUAACCUUUAAGCCGCCAGAUUAUUAAUAUUUUAUUUUCUCACUAAACUAAUGAAACCAAGUGGGGUUUUCUUGCAUAAGCUAAUUUUCCGCCAACAAACCAUUAAUUUGCCUACAAACUCCCCCCUCUCCAUUCAUAAAUAAAGGGGUUGCGCACACUUACCCGCUGAUACAUUUACCCCACGUGACUCUUAACAUUUAAGAUUCAGUUGUCUUAUCUCGUGUGGUUUAUGACAAUAAUAGGAUAUCCGUAUACUGCCUUCGUGGUACGAAACCUAAAUAGGAAGAUACAGUGUUUGACAGUGGUAUAAUGUCAUUUAAAUAUUAACGGAGUUAUUACAGAAAAAUCAUUUCAACACGGCUUAGACACAUGUUUUGUUAAACAGUGACCUAACAAUAACGGCGUCUAAAAUGGAGUCUUUCUCUAUUACAAAACAGUGUUUAACUUGUGUUUAACUAAAACGUCGUUAAGCAGAACAUAAACUGAAAUGUUCACGAGCAAAAGGAACGGAAUGCAAUUUUUGUCAGCUAUCAUCUAUCUGUCAUCAUAUAGUCUAAAUCUUCCAAGAAUAUGAUCUAUCCGAUAGACAAGCUUCGACUCGUGUUUAAAUAUAAGCAAUGUCUAAAGAUUGUUAAGCGCUAAACAACAGAAAGACACAAUUUUUUUAAUAGAACUUUUUUAAACAAGUGUUCAACACGAGUUUAACUUUGUUGUAAUAACAAAGUAAUUGUUUAGUUCGUUGACACAAGUUUAAUCAUAGUUAGUUGGUCACGUGAGAUCUGAGAGUUACGCCACUACAACCAUUACUACUUACCAGUUACCUACUCUAGAGGAGGGCUGUAUCAAAUUGAAACCACACAUUUUAAUUACCAUAUGUAUGGUUUACUCUGCUUAGAUCAUUUAUACGUCUAGAUAGACUAUGACAGCUGUGAAAACAUAAAAAAAAAAUAGAAUUUAGAACUACCCUCUAUUUUGAGCAAUGCACGUACACUAACACAAAGUGUCAUACAAAUCGCGAGUGUAAGACGUAGCUUGUCACGCACACUAACCUAAUAUUCCUGGCCUGUUUUUAUCAGUUGUCUGUUUGUAACAGCAAGAGACUAUCUAGACGUAUAAAUUAUCGAGUAUACGUUUUUCUUAAAAAGCCUACCUAUUAAAUUUCAGUAGAUAUAUUUAUUUUUCAUAGCUGUGUCUAUGGCAGGGGUUCCCAAAGUACUUUUAUUAUAUAUAUUCACAUUAGGCGCCUUAGCUAUUCGAUAUAGGAUAAAAUCAAGUAAAAUUAUGUCUCAAUAAGUUGAACCGUUGUCACCACGGAGUCCCCGGUUCGAUCCUCGCCCGCCACGUGCCAAUUUCAUUCCCGUUUUCUAAUACAUACACGGACGAGUAAAAAAAGAAGGACUCGCCGUGAUAUUAGCAAGUGAAGCACCGUUAUGCUAGUGAGUGUGAGGUUACGGAGGAUACUAGUUUUUUUCUCCCUUAAAUAGUCAUAUAUGGCCACAAAUACUAAUAUAGUAAUCGUUUUCACAGUUUUUCACAACGCACCACGGCAUUUUUAAAAUAUUUUAUUGAGACGCAAACUGAUCUGUCACAGACGGAUGACAAUUCUCAUAAUAGCCGCCUAUCGGCCUGUAGUAGUGUAAGUGUGUGCGUGGGGCUAUGUAUUUACACGUUAAUCGGCUUGUUUUGGUGCUACACUGUUAUGUAAGGUGACACGGAGUCCUUAUUUUUUACUAGUCCGUGAUUACAUAUUAGGAAAUUGACUUGAGCUGUCGCCCUUUCAAAUCUAAAUAACUUGUUACAACAAGGAAGACAAUCCUUUCGGUGAGUGGUAAAGGCAGCUCGUAUAUUACAAAGUACGCACAAAAAAGUUUUCUAAGUGAUCUAAACUUAAUUGAAUAUUAUUUGUAAGUCAUAAUAACUGAAUGUCUAGUUAUCAUCGUAUUCACUUGCCCCCUUAUUCAUAAUGGUCCGCUAACUUUAAACAGCCGCUUAGGAGUGUUUUUUCCCAUUCUGACUUAGGUCAAUAGAAGAAGACAGAGUGAGAAUUAGCAAUGCUUUGAGUUAGCAGACUAUUAUUAAUAAGGGGGUUGUAAUGUAUGCCUCAAUCGAAGUAUUAUUUUAAUAUUUUUUUGUUAUCCUCGAAUAAUAAUUGUGAAAUAAUACAUAUAUAUGUACAUAUAUAUCUUUGCUGAUUUUGAUAAUAAUUGUGGUUGAAAUCGGUUUUUGCGGAUUAGUUGUUUAUUAAUUCGUAAAAAGAUAGAUAUAUACAUCGUUACUUAUGUUAUGUUACCGUUUUGUUACAUUGUGUUCACUGAGAGUAGAUGUGAAAUGUUUCGGAAUAAUACUGAUAAUAAUAAUGCAAAAGUCAAGUUUGCGUUUUAUGACACUAAGCUAAGUAUUACGCAAGUAAAGUCUAAGUACGCUAGACCUGAGUGUGCGAGCCUGCGACGAACGCAGAUGUUGUCAAACGCAAGGCCGGGUAUAUGUUAAGGAAGCCCCGACUGUAUUUUACUUUUGUCAACUCUGGGCGAAUAGUUAUGUGAAUUAAAAAAAAUUCAAAGAUACUUAGAUACUUUAUACGUCUAGAUAGAGGUUCUCGACGUGGGCGAUAACACCCCCUUGUGGGCGUUUGAGACUUUCGGGGGGGCAGUAGAAGGCCCAGAGAAAAUUAGGGGGCAUUGAGAUGGCGCAGAAGGGGCGUGGCUAGAUUAAAAAUAUAGUAAAAGGCAAAAAACUACACGAAACCUCUGUUUUGAGCAAUUCACGCACACUAACACAAAGUGUCACACAAAUCGCGAGUGUAAGACGUAGCUUGUCACUCACACGAAACUAAUACUCCUGGUCAGUUUUUAUCGGUUGUCUAACAGCAAGAGACUAUCUAGGCGUAUAAAUUAUCUAAUCAAAUAUAUGUUUCUUAUCGCAGUAUGUGCAGUAUAUUAUAAGUAUUGGAUGAUGUGCAAUUGUAAGUCUUCGUCAAAUAAGAUGUAUUGUUCAGUUGUGAGUAGAAAUAGAUCAACACCUGUCAAUGUAAUUUGUUUUCAAAUACAGAUUACGUAAGUUUCUUUUUGAGAAUUUCAACACAGACAGGUUGAUACAGUAGAAGAUUACUACAAGGGAACUACUUUAACCCCCAUUCUGCCUUUAUCCAAAAUGGCCUCUUUCCAAACAGUCUCUCGUCACAAAUAAGGCCAAACAGCAGCGUCGGGGAUGUUUGAGGGUAGAAUGAGAAAGAAACAUAAUAGAGACUUCUCCGUUCAAGCAAUAAUGCUUAUCGUUUAACUCAUUAAUUAUUAUACUAGCGUAUUAGUUAAACACUCUUCUACGGCAAGACUAAAUUUAAAAUGUUCAUGUGUGCUAGUUUUACAAAUGUGUUAGUGAGCUAGUGAAGUGUGUAGUAUUUUGCUUUUGGACAAUCCCAUGACAAAUAUUGAUAAACGGCGUCAUAUUCAGGUAUACAAUAUUUAAUUAUCUAACACAUAUUUUCUUAAAUGAUUAUAUAAAUCUUAAUAAAAUAGUGUUUAGUGCGGAUAUAAAAUGUAAUAUUUUGUAUUUUACUGCAUAUGUUCUACAAAAAAAAACAUCACGAAAGUAAUAUUGCUGAAUCAGUUUUAACUGAAAUAUUUCUUUAGUUGGAUUGUUGCUAUAUGUAACAACACAAUCUAUUACAGAACACCGACACCCGUUACAUUUUUUAAUUAAAAUCCGUUAAAACACAGAACACUAACGAUAAAAACAAAUUAAAACGCGGUCCAAUUUGACAGGAGACUAAUGGACACUAAAUUGUUUCAUAACGGUUUCAUGGUCUUCAUCUAUUCCGUCUCUUUCUCACACCUAGGCUUUUAUUUAUUUAAUUUCACACCGGGUUCGUCCAUCAUGCUAGUGUAAUAAGUUUAUGAUUUUCCACCAUAACCAUUUCUACCACAAAAAACAGUGCAGGGACGCACAAAAGAAGUGAACCCUAAAAAAGUUAUUUCCAUACAAACAAAAAGGAAAUAUAGCCAUAGUGGUAAAGUAAAUAAUCUAAUUAACAAUUAAACCCUUGCUGUAAUCAAGUAAACUGUAUUACAUUUUAUUCAUAACCUUUAUCCAUUCUAACCUUUUGUUUAGUUUACACCUACAUUUGAACCUAGCAGGUUGUCAAACGGUGUUGAUAUAUUAUGCUCACAUCUGUAAAGUAUUUUUAUCAGUAUAAUACAAAUGUAUAUUGUGUAUAAUAGUUAUGUAAGUCGUUAUUUAAUUGCAUAUUUAGAGAUGUAUAUAUUUUAUUUUGUAUAAUAGUCAUAAGAUAGUAUUGUUAUAGUACAAGUAGGGUUUUAGUAUGUACUAGAGAUAGAAGAAAUCUAUUUGAAUAAUACACAUUCUAUGGUUACAAUAGAUAACAUAAGAUUUAACAAAACUCUGUUGGUCACUUAAUAAUAUCGAUAAUUUCAUAGCCAAAUUACUGUUACUGCAAAUAUAUACCUUUUUUUAGUGUAACCAGACCAUUUUUGUCGUAACAGAUUUGUUUUAAAUUGCGAUGUGUAGAAUUGUAAAGAGAUCGUAAAUGAUACGAUCAGUUUUUUGUUUGUACUAGAAAAUUAAAUAGAAUUUUAAACUUUUAUAAAACAACGUAAUAGUAAGGACAUAAUACUUAUUAUUCAAAGUUUAUUUAAAGUCGCGGAGGUAGCAAAUAGCGGUUCACGAAUGAGAUUGUGAAUUGAACGAUAUUCGUCAAUCAUUUUCGUGCAAUAAUUAUUGAAGUGAAAACUUCUUUGGCAUCUUUGUGAUUUGAAAGUCGAUGAAACGAAAAAGCGCGACAGUAAAAAGAGACACAAAUUCAUAAGAUUUGAAGUGGCAAAAAUGAGAUGCUAAGCAUUAUACAGUGUUUUAGUACCAGGCGAUCAUAGUUGAAGAAGAGAUUUUAUCUAUGACGCGAGUAUACGGAGGAGAACACAAAUAUGGUAGAGGUGAUAGUAAUGUCGUUCAUAGCGAUUGAAAUCAUGUGUCAUCCUAGCAACAUAUACCAGGACUUCAUAUGCAAUUUAGAGGUUCAUGCCCAAUGCAGGUUUCACUUCCGACAUGUGUUUUUUGUACGCACGCAAUUUAUUUUGACGUUUUUUUUAAACGUGUUAAAACCAGCUUUUGGUUAGUUAUAAACUAACGGCGCAUAAUCAAAAAGAAACUGCAAGAAUAUUAGAAUAUGUUUGAAUUAAACUAGUAGGGCCGGGGCAUAUGCAAUAGUGCAAAACUUUUUUUUUUGUUCAAUUAAAUAACAGAGACUCUGUCCAGAGCAUUGACUUAGAAUAUAUUAGCAUAUAGACGACCUAGCAGUCCGAUAAUGCGUGACCGAUAUGUUUUUAAUUCCAAGCGUGGCUGACUAUUUACGACUUGCCAAUCAAAAUCGGUAACAGUAACAAUAGAAUAGCUUUUCUUUUCCAUCUAGCAUUACCUUCGUUAGAGAUGUUCUUGCACGCUGUGUUUGUCUAUUCGCUAGUAUACUAUAUAUGUUCCAGAGUUAUAAUUAACCUAAAAAUAAUGAUGUAAUGGCAACAUAACUGAUAAGUGAACUAGGAACAUUGUUCAGGCACAAUAGUAAAAUUAAGGCGCACAAUAUUAACGUUCAAAUUAAGGUCGAUAAUAUUUAAAGUAUGAACGAUGGGUACCAUCAAUGGAAUAAGUGGGAAAAAGUUUGUUUUCAUCAAUUGGAAAAGUGAGAAAAAUCUUCCUCAAUAUAUCCAUCAAUUGAAGUAAUGGAACAAUAUGUUCUUCAUGUAUAUUUCCAAUUAUGGAAUUAGGUGGACAAUUUUUCUCAGUAUUUCCAUCAAUUGGAGUAGUGGGACAAAAUAUGCUCUCAGUAUUUCCAUCGUUGGGACAUAUGUUCUUAGUAUACAUUUCCAUUUAUGGAAUUAAUGUGACAAAUUUUGUCAGUAUUUCCAUCAAUUGGAAUAGUGGGACAAAUUUUCUCAGCAUUUCCAUCAUUGCGAGUAGUGGGACAAAAUAUGCUCUCAGUAUUUCCAUCGUUGGGACAUAAUAUGUUCUUAGUAUACAUUGCCAUUUAUGGAAUUAAUGUGACAAAUUUUCUCAGUAUUUCCAUCAAUUGGAAUAGUGGGACAAAUUUUCUCAGCAUUUCCAUGUGGGACAAAUGCUUUUAGUAUUUACAUGAAUGGAUAAUACUGAAGCGUUGCAAUUGAGUGUGCAGAAGCAAUGAGACCUUUUUUUUUAUUGAGUGUUUUGUGUUGAAAUUUUAGUAAUGUUAUAAUUUGUGUUUCGGUAUUUAAGUAAUUAUUUAAAGUAUUAGCUAUCUAGUUUUCUUCUCAAUGUUAAAUUUAAUAUAGCUAUAGUGUCUGGUUUUUUUUUUACUCUAAUAAAUACUAGAUAUGUAAACUAUACAGUGUAUCCUGGGCCCUUAUUCUAGCAAUUAUUCUGACUGUUUAUUUAUAGCUUUUGAUAAUUGAAUUAGUGAAAGGUUCGAUAGGUAUACGUUUAAAAAAGAGAUGGAGUUUGUUUUCGGAAAUUGUCUAAUCUCAGCGUAGGUAUGUGUCGCACGUCAUUGGUCGCAAAUAACAAAGAAAGGGCUCGUGCACGCUGCGAACAGAUAUCGGUCAGCCUAGCGAAUCUCUAUAAGAAAAAGGCGAUUCACUGGAUUGUAUGAAACGUGCAGUCAUUGAUAGAUUGACAGAUGACGGCUAUAAUCUUGUAAAAAUGCCGAAAUCCAUUACGUCGCAAGCAACUGUUCGCUUUCAAACUUAGCCGGAUUAUACUUCGUCGCCAUACUGUAAUAACUAUUUCAAAAUUAUGAUAAAUCUCACUGCACGUUUCAUACUAAAUUUAAAUUUUUAUUUAGGCAGUUCCGCCUCUUAUUACUUACUAUUUACAUCCUCUUUGAUAUCACUCACAGUUGUCUCUUGUGCCGUAAAGACGUAUCGUCUCAUGCUCAUAAAUAGUCUUCUUAUUAAAAAUGUAUAAAGAUUAGUAAAAUAAUUUAUUGUUUAUGUUCUUGGUUGCAAUGUAAAAUAAGAGGUACAGUGUGGGACAGAUCGUUUAAACCUUUCUAAAACAACAGUCAAGACCCUUGUGUCAGUGGUGCAAUAAAAUAAAAAAAUUGUAGUUUUGUGAGUAAUAUAUAAACAGCCUUAAUCUUCAAAGAUUUGGAUCAACUGAUCUUCGUCAAUCAGGAUAGACCCGGGCCCCUUCAUUCCAUAGACGACAAACGAACUUAUCAUGACUGGAUUGUUUUUGAAAUGGAUUAAAAAUAAAGCGUUUUGAAAGAAUCGCAUUUAUGACUUUAGGUGAUUUUUCCAUUUUAAUUUAAGAAUCUGUUUAUAUCAAUAUUCCACAAACAAGAGACCAAUACAUACAAGGAUAUAACAAAAGUAUUCCAUAUUAUAAUGUCACAUUCCGUAUUUUCAGACUGUUUUUUAACUAUUAUUGUCUACGAAUUUGUACCGCAACGUAUUUUUGUAUGCUACUGAUGUUUUCAUGUUUGCUAACAAUAUAUUAUUAUUAUUGUAAAUAAAAUGAUUAUAAUACACA